AUCUGUUUGUGAAACAAUCUAAAAAUAAACAAAUGUUCAAACAUCACUAUGAAGAUCACAUAGAUAAAGAAAGAACACCGCCCCCAGAUUGCCCUAGUUGGGCACUAUUAUCUAAAGCAAUAGAACGGUAUAAUAUUAUUGCACCGGAAUUUGAUACUGACUUUUCAAGUGGAGAAGAAGACCCAAGAAAAAAGAAAAAAGUGAAAACAAGAAAAGAAAGUGAAGAAACAAGUAAAAGGAAGGAUAGAGAUGAUAAAG